ACCUCUAGCAUUGGUAGCAUCACUGAAGAAGAAGAAUUUCCCUCCAAAAGUUGUUAAUUUUUUGUUUCGAGGCAAAUAACAAUACAAAUAAGGAGUUGUGUACUAUUUGAAUGAGCCAUCCCAUUCAAUGAAACCUUUUCUUGAAAACUUCCAGCCCGCCGAGAAAAUCGGAGAGGGGACAUACGGCAUCGUUUACAAGGCGCGGAGUAAUUCCACCGGGAAGGAUGUGGCGCUCAAGAAGAUUCGCCUGGAAGGCGAGACGGAGGGCGUUCCUUCAACUGCCAUUCGAGAGAUCUCCCUACUAAAGAAUCUUAAACACAAAAAUGUGGUGCAACUGUUCGACGUGGUCAUCUCCGGAAACAAUCUGUACAUGAUAUUCGAAUAUCUCAACAUGGAUCUAAAAAAACUGAUGGAUAGAAAGAAGGAUGUAUUCACUCCUGUACUAAUAAAGAGCUACAUGCACCAGAUUUUCGACGCCAUCGACUUCUGCCAUACAAACCGUAUUCUGCAUCGUGAUCUCAAACCACAGAAUCUUCUAGUCGACACUGCAGGGAGAAUAAAGUUAGCCGACUUUGGACUGGCAAGAGCAUUUAAUGUACCUAUGAGAGCGUACACCCACGAAGUUGUCACUCUGUGGUACCGAGCGCCGGAAAUAUUGCUCGGCACAAAAUUUUAUUCCACGGGAGUAGAUAUUUGGAGUCUGGGUUGCAUAUUCUGCGAGAUGAUUAUGAGGCGAUCCCUAUUCCCCGGCGAUAGUGAGAUCGACCAGCUAUAUAGGAUAUUCCGCACGUUAAGUACACCCGACGAAACCAAAUGGCCGGGAGUGACACAACUGCCCGACUUCAAAGCCAAAUUUCCCAAGUGGGAGUCUACCAAUAUGCCUCAGGUCAUAACCGAUCACGAGGCUCAUGAUCUGAUAAUGUCGAUGCUUUGCUAUGAUCCCAAUUUGCGCAUCUCUGCCAAGGAUGCUCUGCAGCACACCUAUUUCAAGAAUGUACAGCAUGUCAACAAAGUGGCGCUACCCGUCGAUCCUUUGGCCGGCACUGCCUCGCGGCUUACUAGGCUCGUUUGAUCGUGACCCCCUCAAAGCAGAACUCUAGCAAAUUACUUGUGAUCCUUAGUAUACCGGUUGUCUCUCUUGCAGCUGCCAGCUUCAUUUCAUGCAUUCCCCACAUUCAUACGACCCUAACACAUCUGACAAAUACACGAUCAUCCAGUA